AUGGAGAAAAAUAACAGCCUGAAGGUUUGCAAACUCACAGACACUACGUACGUUCGGACUCUGGAGAAUGCUAUCCAGUUUGGCAUGCCAGUUCUGCUAGAAAAUAUCGGUGAGGAGUUAGAUCCCAUCCUAGAUCCGGUUCUGCAGAAGCUCAUCUAUCACAGCGCGGGGUCGGAUUACAUUCGCCUGGGUGACAGUGUCCUCGAGUACAAUCAAGAAUUCAAACUCUAUUUGACAACCCGCCUGCGCAAUCCGCAUUAUCUACCAGAAAUUUCUGUCAAAGUGUGUCUCCUCAACUUCAUGAUUACUCCACUUGGUCUGACAGACCAACUUCUGGGCAUUGUUGCAGCUAUGGAGAAGCCGGAGUUGGAGGCGCUGAAGAACCAGCUGAUUGUGGAGUCUGCUGAAAACAAGCGAAAACUGAAGGAACUGGAGGACAAGAUUUUGGAGGUGCUGAGUUCCUCCGAAGGCAACAUCCUGGAGGACGAGACAGCCAUCAACAUUCUUUCCUCCUCCAAAGUGCUUAGCGCUCAAAUUACGGAGAAGCAGGCAGUCGCUGAGAAGACCCAGGUCGAGAUUGACACCACGCGAAGUGGCUAUAUUCCAGUUGCCAACCAUGGGGCCAUCCUCUUCUUCUGCAUUUCAGACCUCGGCAACAUUGAUCCCAUGUACCAGUACUCGCUGACUUGGUUUAUCAAUCUGUUCAUUUCGGUGAGUCCUGUGUUGGAAAUUUUAUAG